UUUUGGGUGAGAAUGUUCGGGGGGGUUACUGCGUACGAAGCAAACAACGUAACCAACUCUGCAUCAGAAUUUCCGGUUUGGUUUGUGCUGUAUCUUGCAAGCUACGGUUCAACUUUCUGUAUUGCAUUUUAUUCGAAACAAUAGGCUUUUCGGCCUUUCUUCGUUGUUUUCGAACUACAGCAUUCAUUUCUCACGGUUGUUCAUCGCACAGCAUUUCCUUUUUGAUUACAGUUUGGAUUCAUUAACCUAUAAGAAUCUAGAAAGGUGCUGUGUUGUUGUUAGGACAUCUUGAUUCCAAAAACUCGUUCUUUACCUUCGUAUACUCGGCUUUUUCGUGAUCACUUGCUUUCAUCGCCAGUUUCUGCCUGUAAUUCUCUUUAUCCUAAGCAUUGCUAAAUUUAGUCGCGAUGUAUAGUAUUGAAGCUGCCAUUGACGAUGUCCAAAAGAAAAUAGACAGAGAAAAGUCUCUCAUUCAAGGAGCAAAGGCCAUGGUUGAUUCCACUGGUAACUCAGAAGUUAAACAGAGACUGGAGCACAAAAUACGCGAGGCCUCUAGUAACAUUGACUAUUUAACGAACCGUCUUAAUUCUUUAAUGAUUGAAAAAAAUGCCCCAUCGCUUCGCGGUAUUCAAAAAGCUUUCGAUGAGAAGAGUGUGUCUUCAUCCUCAAUGAGUUCUAAGGUUGUAAACGGAAAGUCCGCAUUCGAUAUCCUGCUUAGCAAGGCCCCGUUGAACGAGGAAAUAAUUAUGACGAAAAUGAAGUUUAUCCAGAUGCGUCUUGUUGUCGAGGAACAAUGUCUUGCUGGCGUGGACAAAAUUGUGAACCUCUAUUCAAAAGAAAGCAAAAAUUACGAAGAGGCAGCGGCCCAACGUGAAGAGAUUCUUCAGAAAACAAGAUUAUUGAAGUCAGCAUUGAAACGGUACAAAGAACUGUACAUUCCGUCUGAUGAACCCAACUCGACUGCUUCGGAGACAAGUAUAGCAAAGAAUUUGUUCAAGCCUCUGACCGGUACUGUAAAGUUAACCAUUCAUGCCAUUAAAAACGUUGAUCACACAGAUGCGAAUGAGCAGAGUCAUGGCGCACACGACACAUUUUUAAAUAUUGUUGUUGAUAAUCGAGUUGUCUGCAAGUCAAGAACCGUCCAACAUGACACUUGGAACGAAGCAUUUGUGUUCGAAAUGAACAAAGCUCGUGAAUGCGAAGUUGUCGUUUAUGAUAGAAAGCCGGACAAAAGUUUGCCUAUUGCUUUGCUGUGGGUUCCCUCAGCUUUAAUUUUGGAUGAUUCGAGACGCAAGCGAAACUUACAGGAGUUGUCGGAAAUUGACUGGAAAAUGAACGAUUCGGACAUGCUUCCACUCAAACACUCUUCGUCGCGGACUACGAACGCCUCUGUAUCCACAGACGUUGCGUCUAAUGCCGGAGCUGCUCCCGGUGGGGACAAAACAAGAAAGUUGCUGUCGCAAGUUUGGUUAUCACUUGAACCUGCUGGACAAAUCUGUGUUUCGUUGGAGUUCACGAAGAAAGUACCAAACAGCAAGGUUAUUUCUGAUAAUGGUUUGGGUCGCCAAGGUGCCAUUCGUCAAAACAAGGAAGAAGUUAUCUCGGACUUCUUGGGACAUUCAUUUGUCCUGCGACAAUUCUACCAAAUUAUGCGGUGUGCCGUUUGCGCCGACUUUUUGAAAGAUGGUUCCGGUCUGCAGUGUGCUGAAUGUAGUUAUACGUGUCACAGAAGAUGUCUCAUGAAAACCAUCAACCGUUGUAUUGCCAAGACACAUUCUGUUACUGCCCCUCCCGAAGGCGGAGAAAGUUUAAAGCAUCAUAUUCCCCAUCGCUUCGAGCCAUAUAAUUCUUUCAGUGCCAACUGGUGUAGCCAUUGCGGUUAUUUCAUAUCAUUCUUGAAAAAGGAUUGCUACAAGUGUAAGGAAUGUGGUAUCACUUGUCACAUUCGUUGUUCUCGUUUGAUUCCAGACUUAUGUGGAAUGUCCAAUGAUAUGGCAAAUCACAUCUUGAACGAGAUUCGCUCUACAAAGCUGCUGACAUCGAGAGUCAUGAAAAGUGCUGCAAGCGUAUCCAAGCCUGCGGCUCCGGAAAUCAAGUCACCUACUCCGUUUUCGUUCCGCAAAAAAUCAGGCGGUGUACCGUCUAUAUCACAGGGCUUACUGUUUGCAACUCAGCAACUUGCUGGGUCGCUCCCAGAAGCACCUCCUCCUCCAAGACCAGCUAUCCCUGCACAUUCGCCAUCUCCUUCCAUUGCUGAAACCCUGUUGAAGCCUGAAGUUCCUGACGUAAAGCAGUGUAGUUCUCCGAGCUCUAUUGCUUCGAAAAAGGGAAAGCCCCGUAUUGGUCUGGACGAUUUCACCUUCUUGGCUGUGCUUGGUAAAGGUAACUUUGGUAAGGUUAUGCUCGCCGAGUACAAGCAUAACAAGCGUUUGUAUGCAAUUAAGGUUUUGAAGAAGGACUCAAUUUUGAAGAAUAAUGAAUUGGAAAGCUUAAAGUCGGAAAAACGUGUCUUCAUGACCGCUAAUAAGGAAAAGCAUCCUUUCCUCCUAAACUUGUUUGCCAGCUUUCAAACUGGAACACGUGUGUACUUUGUUAUGGAGUAUAUUGACGGUGGUGAUCUUAUGCUUCACAUCCAGCGGGAGCAAUUCAGUCUUAAGCGUGCUCAAUUCUAUGCUGCCGAAGUUUGUUUGGGAUUGAAAUACUUCCACGAAAACCACAUUAUCUAUCGUGACUUGAAACUGGAUAAUAUUCUUUUGUGUUCGGACGGUCAUAUUAAAAUUGCAGACUAUGGUUUGUGUAAGGAGAAUAUGACUGAAGGAAAGUUUACCAGCACCUUCUGUGGUACACCGGAAUUCAUGGCGCCAGAAAUUCUACUCGAUCAGCAAUACAAUCGUGCUGUAGACUGGUGGGCUUUUGGUGUCCUUCUCUAUCAAAUGAUACUCGGACAAUCUCCGUUUAAGGGAGAUGACGAAGAGGAAAUCUUUGAGGCUAUUUUGAAUGAUGAACCCAUGUUCCCCAUUCACAUGCCGGGUGAAGCCGUGGACAUUAUGCAGAAACUACUUACCCGCGACAUCGACAAACGUUUAGGUGGAGGUCCACGCGAUGCUUUGGAUGUCAUGGAGCAUCCUUUCUUCCGUGGAGUUGACUGGGACAUGAUCUUCAAAAAGCAAAUCGAGCCAACGUAUAAACCAAGAACAACUGGUGCUUAUGAUAUCAACAACUUUGAUGUGGAAUUUACACGGGAACGGCCAGUGUUGACGCCGGUUAAUUCAAUUCUUUCAAAGACCGAACAAGAGUCAUUUAGGGGAUUCUCUAGUUUUGCUGGAAGUGAAGAUUAGUGUUCCUCGUGCGCGCUUACGAACAGAUCUGGCACAUGCUCGUCUGUAUUGUUUUCAUUAUGUGUUCAUUAUCAUUCUAAUGCAUUUUAUGAUAAUGGUUAUGGGCAGCAAUCUAAAAUAUUGUUGGUAAAGAAGUCUGUUAUCUAAGGUAUUCGUUCCAUUUGGGAGAAUGCGUGCAGAGUUUGCUAUGAAUGUGUCUAGUUGGAUCUUGGUGUUAAGAAUCGGCUUGCAGCGAAAAGCACGCCGGCCACGAGGGUGCCAUACCAAAUGAUAUUUUGAAGCAUCGGUUGCUGCUUGUCUUCGGCAUGAGUUAGAAUCGAAAAGGUGGGGACAAAGUUGGGAAAGUUUUCAACGAGUUCUUGCAUCAUGUCUUCAUCCAAGGAUGCGAUUUCGUCAAAUGACCAGUGUUCGCUGACACAUUUCAUCCAACGCAUGCGUUUUUUUGACAAGUUGGGAUCGGGAAACUUUGAACGCAACAGGCUACGUAAUUGACCUACUUUCUGGAGUGCUAAUCCGCAAUUGUCUGGAAUUGACGCUUUAAUUCGCUGCUUAAUCAGGUUUGCCAGCUUUGGUCCGUUUCCAUUUGUGCUUACCAUGAUUUGCAAAGGACCUAGGCGCAUUAGUAAGUGUGCUUUGGCUUGACAAAGUUGUUCAUACCAUCUCGAACCUCUGAGCCGAAGUAAAAGUCGCAUUCUUGACGCACAUCGGCAACAUUACGGGAAUACGUUUGCUUCUGCACAGUUUGCAAAUGUGGGAGGAAGCCUCAGGGUCAUCAAUGGCAGUGAAAACCAUAGCUGUGUCCUCUUCCAAAUCAUCGUCUGUGAAAGUUUUGUCUUUCCACACGACCUCUUUAUUUUGUACACGCCAACGAACUUCGUCGUUUAAUCCUUUUUCAGGACAGACGACUGUUACCAAGGCAUCUGCAUCUAGUGCAUGAAGAACACGUCCUGCAGCAAUAAAUCCUCCUCCGACCACGAGAACUUUUUUGUCCUUAAUUUGCCAGGCAAGAAUGAGAGAACUGCAGAGUAAUUAGCUAUGGUUUCUUCGUUGGCGUCUGUUUUAUGUCAAAUUCUUACCCGUGAGGCGUUAUCGGUGGGAAAUUUUGUUCUUGUUUUGACAUGAUGUUAAGGAAUGGUUUGUUCGUCUGGUACUGGCCUUAUCCUUGUCUGUUGUUUACAUAUGACGGACGACUUGGGGUUUUUUGGUCAGUGCUGACGCAAGGCACGCUGAAAACAGAAAACACCAACACCACUGGUUGGUUGAAAUAUAAUGGUUAAAUUAUGGUAGUUCAUGCUUGGCAAUUGCGUGUCCAUUAGCAAUAUCCAGCAAGUAGGCAGUGAACUAAGCCAUUGGGGUCUUUGGUGCUGAUGCCGUAGCCAACCGGAGUAGUUUGGCAAAACGAUUGCCACGGCGAGUCUCGAUUCUUUUUUAUCCUUAGUAAUAAGUCUUCUUGUAUCGCUGGUGGUAGUCGCAGCGGGGUUGUCAGCCUUAUUAGGUUCGUCCAACUGUUCAAGGAUUGAAUGUGUGUUUCGCUACAGCCGUUGUUCCAGUUACAGACAUAAUUAGUACUACAAUA